AUGGAGAAUCUCCGUUCCGUCCCUAUCGCCGCAUUGGACCCAGAUCAACAGCGUCAAGGCUCCCUCGCUACACCCGUGUUUGACCACGCUGAGCCGUCUGGCGAGCGGCCUCGAAGCUCACCUACUCCUCCGCCGUACUGGCAACCUAGUAGAGGGCCGUCUUUUGAUGAGCUGUCUUCCACCCGACCGCCCCCCAUCGCUCUUGAGGAUCAUACCUUGUCCCGAGAGCCCAGCAGAGCGGCACUCUGGGCCAAGUCAAUCACCAUCGAUGAAUAUGUCAUUGUUCAAGGGAACCCGACAGGUGUAGGUGCCUAUGUGGUAUAUAAUAUUAAUGUCCAGACCCUCGAUGGAGGGCCCAUGACAAUCCGAAAGCGAUAUUCCGAGUUCGAUGAGCUUCGAGCCAAACUAGUCAAAGCCUUCCCCCAGUCAACCAAGUCGUCACUUCCACCUCUUCCCCCAAAGAGCGCCAUUUACAAGUUCCGGCCCAAGUUUCUCGAGAAAAGGCGAGAAGGACUGGCGUAUUUCCUCAACUGUGUUAUGCUUAAUCCGGAAUACGCGGGUUCUCCCAUUGUGAAGGAUUUCAUCUUUCCUCCACAGGCAUGA